AGAGAGAAAGGGAAAGGGGAGGGCUUUGUUUCCAUUGGCUGCUCCUUGCCUUCCCACCCACAUCUCUUCCACAUCACCUUGGUGUCUCCCUAAAUAAAACCAGCCCUCCUUAUCGCAGCGAGGAAAUCAAGCGGUAGAGUUGCAAUGGAUUUUAAAUAAACAUUUUACUCCCCCUCCCCACACACACUGUCCCUGCCAGGCUGCUGGGGAGAGCACGCAGCAAGCACCUUCCCCACUGCCACCCAAACACUCACAUGCAGCUGCCCUGCUUGCUGGCUGCUUCUGUUGCCUCUUUCACCCCAUGAGGGAAAGCUGGAGUGCACGAGAAACUGGCUGCAGUCAGAGGAGGGAAGUGGCACCUUCAUGACCAAUCCUUUCUCCAUGGAUUUAAAGGAGAGCACCAGCGAGGGAAGCCUGGGGAGCCUCCAGCCCUCCAGCCUCCAGAUCUUUGCCAACACCUCAACCCUCCAUGGAAUCCGCCACAUCUUUGUCUAUGGACCUAUGACUGUGCGGCGGGCCCUGUGGGCUCUGGUGUUUGUGGCUUCCCUGGGCCUCCUCCUGGUGGAGAGCUCCGAGCGGCUGGUCUACUACUUCUCCUACCAGCAUGUCACCAGGGUGGAUGAGGUCGUUGCCCACAGCCUGGUCUUCCCAGCUGUCACCAUCUGCAACCUCAACGGGUUCCGCUUCUCCCGCCUCACUACCAAUGACCUGUACCACGCUGGCGACCUAUUGGCCUUGUUGGACGUCAACCUCCAGAUCCUUCACCCUCAUCUCGCUGACCCAGCAGUCCUGGCCAUCCUACGAGAGAAGGCCAACUUCCAGCAUCACCGAGCCAAAGUCUUCAGCAUGAGUGAGUUCAUGGGGCGUGUGGGCCAUGACAUGAAGGAGAUGUUGUUAUACUGCAAGUUCCGGGGGCAGGAGUGCGGCGAGAAGAACUUCACAACUGUGUUUACGAAAUAUGGGAAGUGCUACAUGUUUAACUCAGGAGAUGAUGGGCAUCCUCUGUUGACCACAUUCAAGGGUGGGACAGGCAAUGGCCUGGAGAUAAUGCUGGACAUUCAGCAGGAUGAGUACUUGCCAAUAUGGGGAGAAACAGAUGAAACAACAUUUGAAGCAGGAGUCAAAGUCCAGAUCCACAGUCAGUCUGAGCCGCCAUUUGUUCAGGAACUUGGGUUUGGCGUGGCGCCUGGGUUCCAGACUUUUGUAGCCACGCAAGAGCAAAGACUGACAUACCUUCCGCCUCCAUGGGGUGAGUGCCGCUCCUCAGACUUUGGCCUGGACUUCUUUCCCAUCUACAGCAUCACUGCGUGCAGGAUAGAUUGUGAGACCCGCUAUGUGGUGGAAAAUUGCAACUGCAGAAUGGUCCACAUGCCAGGGGAUGCUCCGUUCUGCACGCCGGAGCAGUAUAAAGAGUGUGCAGAGCCUGCGCUAGUGGUUCUUGGUGAAAAGGACAGCAGUUAUUGUGUGUGCCAAAUGCCAUGCAAUUUGACGCGCUACAACAAGGAACUCUCCAUGGUGAAGAUCCCCAGCAAGACCUCGGCCAAGUACCUUGAAAAAAAGUUCAACAAGUCAGAGAAAUACAUAUCGGAGAAUAUUCUUGUGCUCGAUAUAUUCUUCGAAGCCCUCAACUAUGAGACCAUUGAGCAGAAGAAAGCAUAUGAAGUGGCAGCUUUACUUGGUGAUAUUGGAGGUCAGAUGGGCCUAUUUAUUGGUGCUAGUAUCCUCACCAUUCUGGAAAUAUUUGACUACAUCUAUGAGCUGAUCAAGGAGAAGUUGUUAGAUCUUCUUGGCCAGGAAGAGGAGGAAGGAAGCCACGAUGAGAAUGUGAGCACAUGUGAGCCCUUGCCAAACCACUCCGAUCCCAUCAGCCACACUGUGACGGUCCCCCUCCAGACGACCCUGGGCACGCUGGAUGAGAUUGCGUGCUGACAGCAGCCCCUCGGCACCAUGGAUAUCCAGAUGGCAGAAACUCUUAUCCCCCCCACCCCCAGAAGCCAGGGAAUCUUGCUCAGGUUCGCCGCACAGGGUGGGUUGGGGUGUGGACGACCACGGAGGAAUUUGCUAUGCAUCCAACUCUUCUCUUUCUCUUCUUGCCAAAAUCCAGCGAGAGGCGCUUUGGACUCAGUCAUGUCCCUCUGUCCACGUAGGGAGGGGAGGAGGAGGAGGAGGAGGGUGUGCGAAGGGGCAGGGCAGGGUCGUCUUCGCUAGCGGACGCCGCGUCUCAGUUUUUUGUGGUUUUAUUUUUUGAACUGUACAAAUCCGACAACCAAGGAACCAUCAUUUCAUAAACUGCCAAUGACUGUACAAAAGAAGCCUGCAUGCCAGUCUUUUUGAUGGCAAUAUCUCCCCCACUUUCUUCUUUCUUUACAAGCCGUGUCUUAACAGCUGUUACUUUUUUUUCCACGACAAAAGAGGAGGCCAUGGCAGAAGACAUCCCCUACCCCUCCCCUUCUGUCCCGUCCCCCCCCGCCCAAGAGUUCACAAUUACAUGACACCACAGGCUGAGUUAGGAACAAUCAAAGGCCUGGCCGACUUUCGAAAAGCCACUGUUCCUUUUGUCUUCGUCUCAAUCUGUGAAAGGGUCUCGGAGCCCUGCUUGAGAUCCUUUAUUUGGACCCGGCCACUGGCCACCAAGGUGAACAGGCUCAGCUGCAAAAUGACUCCCCUCAUCUUACCGCUGCAGACUGCCCCCCUACCCCCCUACACACAGGCACCCACAAACACACCAGCCCCGUUGGCACUCGUAAGCCACAGCUACCGUCUUGUUCAGAAUGGUGUGUAAUACAACAUGUGUGUCUCAGGAUUGAGGGUGGGCGUGGGGGAGGCUGUGUUCAAUCGACAUUCUGACCUACCCUGCUUCCUCAUUCUAUUAAAGGUGGUCUUGUGGAAGGGG